GAAAUUUUACGCAUAAUUCACACUGCAUAGCAUACGUAAAAGAUGUCUCACAAGGGCUUCAGUGCAAGAARAAAUACAUCAAAAUCAUCGAAAUUGUCUAAGCAAAAAUCCCUUUCUACCAGCUGCAUUUUUGAAAAGCCCAGCCUCAGUAAGAGAUCGAAGAGUGAAACGAAUUUGCUGUCAAACAAACGAUGUAUUUCUUUAACACAACUCAACAUGCUCGGCUCAACAAAAUCUCUUGAGCAACUCGAUUUACAGAGCAUCAAAGCAGAAGAACUAUUCUCACGCGAAUUUGAUCAUUUUUACGAUAAAAAAGUGCGGAGCRGUCGAUCAAAAUCGAUGGAAAACAAACGGUUGGCAUUCACGGCGGCCUUUAAAGUUUUAUUAAACGCGCAGUUUGUCAACGACAGAUUCACUACUACAGAUCUACUGCAGCGAAACCCUAAAUACUGUGAACUAACAGAGCUGACGUCCAACUGGUUUGAAUUUGAAAUUCCUUUGUUUUUAGAUGGUCUUGAUCAAAAUGUUUUUGUUCAAUACGCUGAAGAGGGUGGCUAUGUUCGUCUUGCGAUUGAUUCUGARCAGAAUUUCAACUGGAGUGACUGCAUCACAGAGGAGGGGUUUCUAUCUGCUAAUUUGGUACGUUCAAAUCUUCAACUCACGAUACAGAAGACUUUGGUACUCAUGAAUUCCAAUAUCCAAAAAGACAUGGACACUCUACCAGACGGUGUAAACGCAUUAACCGUCUAUUGCGAUGGCUCAACUAUUGUAUUAGACAUCAAUUCAGGAGAAGUACUCGUCGAUUUGAUACCAUCUAUCAGACUUCAUAGCCAAGCACUUGAAUUCUUCCGGCGCGUAGCGAAAUCUCACGUUAGCCCAUCCCACGCCCUUGCUAAAGCCAGUGAAAGACCAAUAAGUGAYCCUGAAACUCUUUGGAUGCUGUCAUUUGCCAGUGAAGAGCGGAAAAAGGUUUGGCAGCUGAACCAGAAUCAGCGCAAACUGCUCGAUGUACUGAUUGAGUUGCGAGAGCUAGAUGGAUUGUUUGGUGAACUUUCUCUCAAUCACAUGGCGACGACAAUGUUUUAUUUGGUUGAUGAGAUAAAUGAUCCUUACGAUUGGACGGACAGCGAUAUCGGAGAGCGAUUUAUCGACGCACUUUUCUAUCUGGAAGAAUUCUUAGAGCGCAAGUUCUGCGAACACUACUUCGUUAAAGGCGCAAAUCUUUUUAAUGCAAUGGGCCCGGUCACAUUAUCCCAGUUAAAAGACAAAGUGAGAAGGAUUGUAAAGCCAUCUUGUGUUGCCUGUGGUUUAGCUUCGUUAUUUGGACCAUACACAAAUAUCAAAUGCAAAAAGAUGCACUUCUAAUAUUCAUUCAUACAUUUAAAUCUUUGAAGUCCUGCACUUCGCACUCCGGCAACGGAUAUAUAUGACCUUCCAUCAGCAUUCUUUAAACACUGCAAUGGCUUUCCUUUUGACUUUGAAAAGGCUUGACACGGACAAUUCUUGAAAUUUGACAUGAUGAUACGAGAGAGCAAAUUUCGCGAGUAAAAGUUUUGUUGCAGAACUUUUUUUUUUCUUCCGCCUCAAAUCGUUGGUGCAGGCGAGGGGGAUUUGCUCCGGAAGCAUGUUGCGGACGCAUGUUGCGGAAGCAAGCUCCUUCAACACGUUUUGAUAACGACUGCGAUCGAGCAAAGUUUCAUAAGAACAUCAGUGACAAUAGUUACUAGUAGUCGAGUUUAUGAAAUACCUUAAUCAAGACAAUCCAAUUUGCCUUUCUAAAGAAGAAAUCYAGUGAAUCAUCUUAAAAGAUUUUAUUGAAAAUAACAAACAUCGUACUGAUAUACAAUAACUAUUAAAAAAUAUAACUAUUACAAAUAAUACAUAAUACGUAUGAUCAUGCGUUAUUAAAAUAUAAUACAUAAGAGUGAUAAAAAUAAUUAUUAGGUAAUAUAUGAAAAAGGUUGAAAUACCCUAAGACGUGUACACGUCAGGUUGAUUUAAAAGCCAUGCACAAGUAUGGUUAUAGUUUUGUUUUACAAAUAAUGACAGUGGACAUGUUAGCACAAUAUCGCCGCUAAAUAUUUGUUUAGUCUGUAAAUAUCUGUGCUUAUUUAGGGCUUGGUAAACUGAAGCGUUUUAACAACGUUUUUGUAGUUUGUUCUACGCAAUUCAUAUUAAAGAAUUAUUGUCAUUAUGUGGGAUCUCCGAAGCUCUUUUUUCAAAUCUAUGUUAUAUAUACGGAAAGAAGGCAACUCUUUGAUAUGGGAAAAGGAAAACUUUUUACUAUACACAAAUGUAUUUAAGUUCGUACUAUUUGUACAUAAGUAAAUAAAAAACAGGCAAUUUCCUCGACUA